AUGGAGGAAACAAAUUCAACUAGUGUAGAGUUCGGAAUAGGAGAAUCAAGUGCUAUUGGAAGUGAAAUUGCGGACAAUACUGUAAAUGCUCCUAAACCACUACUAGGAAUGAAGUUUAAUAGUUAUGAAGAAGGUUAUAACUAUUAUAACUCUUAUGCAUUGUUGAUGGGUUUUGGAAUAAGGAAGAGCACGGUAAAGUACUCGUGCAAGACUAGAGAAGUGGUAGACAGGAAGUUUGUUUGUGAUAAGGAGGGCUAUAGACCUAAAAGAGACAAGAUAGAAAAUCUAGUUCGGCGAGAGACCCGAGUGGGAUUCUGCGAGAAGAAGGUAUGCCUCCUUCCACUAUUUCUCGUGUCAUCAAUGCAACUAAUGGAAGAGAAGAGUGCGACAACGAAUGAUCCAGAAUUUUAUUUUGCAAUAGAAGUAGACAGUAGUGGACAAAUGAGGAGUGUUUUCUGGGCCGAUGGAAGAUCAAGAGCAUCUUAUUUGAAAUUCAGUGAUGUUAUUGUGUUUGAUGUGACAUACAGAACUAAUAAGUUCAGUCUUCUCAACAUAGGUGCUAUUAUAACAGAUCAGGAUAGAGCAAUGUGUAAUGUUAUUCACUCAGUGUUUCCAACGACAAGACACAGUUAUUGCUAUUGGCACAUGCAAAAGCAUAUUAUUGAUCAUUUGCCUACUUUGGUAUCUCGUUAUGGUGAACAGUUUCAAAGGUAUUGGGGCUUGUGGUGCAAUAGUUCUUCAAUUGAACAAUGUGAAGGAUAUUGGGUUGAGAUGAAAGAGAAGUUUGAUAUAAAUGAAGAAGGGGAGGGAUGGUUGCAAACAACUCAAUUACACGAGUUUGUGACACAAUAUGAAAAAGCAGUUUCUCAUUGUCGCUUAAGUGAAGCCCAUGAAGAUUUUAAGAGUCUUAACACAAAGCCUGUCAUGCUCCUUGGACAUCCAAUUGAGGUCCAAGGUGGAGAAAUGUAUACACGCAAUAUGUUUGAUGUGUUCCAAACUAAAUUCAAAGGAUUUGGUACAGAGUUUUGUGAAGAAUUGAGAAAAGAUGGGGACAUUGUUGAAUACAAGGUCUGUAAGUUUACAGAUAGAGGAAAAUGGGAGGUGGUUAUUUAUGAACAAUCUAGUCAGAUGCAGUUCCGUUGCACUUGUGUUUUGUUUGAAACUAAUGGUGUUAUUACAGUUCAUGAUCCUGAUAGAGCUGCAAGGACUAAAGGUCGUCCACGCAAUGCAACUAGAAUCCAAUCAAGUUUAGAACAAGCACAAGAAAAGAAAGAAAGGAUGAAACAUAUAGUAGCAGAUGUGGUGAACUCGGGCAUUAUAGAACUAGUUCUAAACGAAAAUUGGUCUGAAUUCUUGAGCACCACAUGCAUGGAUUUGUGGAAGAUGAAGUUCUCACUAUUGCAUGAAGUUUCUAUGCAGAAAUGGGAAGCUACUUGGAAAUGUAGACUGGAUUUGAAGACUGGAAAUGUGUGCCUCAAUAGAAACAUAUAUGGUUUUGAGUUUAUUCUGCAAUUGGGGUUCAAUGCAUGA